AUGGCGAGCUUUACACAUACACUUGGUACUCCAACUGAGUCUUGGUUGCCUCUACUGCGUGAUGCUAAUGCAACGCCUGAUUCACCCGAUCAGACUCCCAUGAUGGCUGACGACGCUCCCCUGCCGAGUCAAACGUUGAACUCAAUCAACUUCAUAAAAACGCAAUUUUUGCACGUCUGCCUGUUCCUAAUCAACUCUUUCCUCGAUUCUUUCCUAAUCAACUUGUUGCUAUCUACAAGGGCGACCGAUUCGCCCGGUCAGGCCCCCAUCAUGGCUGACGAAACUCACCUGCAGAGUCAAAAGCUGAACUCCAUCGACCGUAUGGUAGUCCUACAGAAUAACAACUUGACCGAGGGGGUGACGAUCAACAUCUUCUCGAAUGACUGCACCGGUUCCAUGAACAAGCUAGAACGCGUCAUCCCAAGCGGCUCAACUACAGCCCACCGACUUAGAGCCUCCGUUGGUCAGGUAGCUGGCUCCAGUUGA